AUGGAGAAACCUUGGGUGACUCAGAAAAUGCUGAGCUUCCUUUUGCUGCUUGGCAUCGUGCUAUCAUCAUUGUGUGUAGAUCAGUCCACAGCCGAUCAUGAGCCCGAGCACACUAGUCAGCAACGCUGUCUUUCAACGAAGGGUCGUCACAAGGAGAUGCCCAGUCGCGAGACGCUGCACGAGUGCCAUGCAUUCGCGGACAACGCGUGCUGCACGCCCAACACGACUCGUCCGCUGGCGGAUAGCGACGGCACGCACAUCGACACGUACUUCUGGCCCAAGUGCGGCAAUGUGUCGGAGGAGUGCGAGGCUUACAUCCGUGCAGAGAUGUGUUUCUACUUCUGCUCACCCAACACGUACCCGUGGGCGAAGAAGAUCCCCGUCGACCAUAACGUGCACCCGGACGAUGUAGGGGAAACGUACUCCGGUGUUCCAAUCUGCGGGUCGUGGUGCGAUCGUUUCUACGCUGCAUGCCAGGACCAGCCGAUCUGUGUGACUAGCUGGUACCUUGACUGGAAUGUUACCAUGGUGAACGGUCGGAGCGAGAGUCAUUGCCGCGACGACUCCAACUGCAGCACGUUUGGCCAGCGCUUUGGCAGUGCUAUGAGCAUGUGCAACGGGAUCUUCGGCGACUCGUACGUCUACACGUCCACGGCGGAUUGUCUGGUGAUGUCGUUCAACAGCUCAACAAACCCGAAUGACGACGUCGCCGAUCGGCUGGCAAGCGGCGCCGCAUCCCACUGGAGCACGGCGCUGCUGCUUCCGAGCUCCGUGCUGGCAAUGGCCACCUCCCUGAUGCUGGCGUCGUGUAGCUAA